CUGCAGGCCCCCCGGAGUCUUUGGGAUACGCGUCUUUGGGAUACAGCGUCGCUGGCAGCCGUUUCUGGUAUCUGUGACAGGGCGGCCUGCGAGCAGAUGACGAGGACUGGCGUUUAAUAUCGGUGGCCGUCGAGAAGGAGCUCACCCCAGAGGCCACCGUCAUGUCAGGCUCCACGCAGCCCGUGGCCCAGACGUGGAGGGCCACCGAGCCCCGCUACCCGCCCCACGGCGUCUCCUACCCCGUGCAGAUCGCCCGACCCCACACGGACGUUGGCCUGCUCGAGUACCAGCACCAUCCGCGGGACUACAGCUCGCACCUGUCGCCUGGCUCCAUCAUCCAGCCCCAGAGGAGGAGGCCCUCCCUGCUGUCCGAGUUUCAGCCUGGAAGCGAAAGGUCCCAGGAGCUUCACCUGCGAACUGAGUCCCACUCGUACCUGCCGGAGCUGGGCAAGUCGGAGAUGGAGUUCAUCGAGAGCAAGCGCCCUCGCUUGGAGCUGCUGCCCGACCCCCUCUUGCGGCCCUCCCCGCUGCUGGCCACCGGCCAGCCCGGGGGCUCCGAGGACCUGUCCAAGGACCGUGGCCUGACGGGCAAGCUGGAGCCCGUGUCCCCUGCCAGCCCGCCACGCGCUGACCCUGACCUGGAGCUGUUGCCCCCGCGGCUCUCCAAGGAGGAGCUGAUCCAGAGCAUGGACCGUGUGGACCGCGAGAUCACCAUGGUCGAGCAGCAGAUCUCCAAGCUGAAGAGGAAGCAGCAACAGCUGGAGGAGGAGGCCGCGAAGCCGCCCGAGCCCGAGAAGCCCGUGUCACCACCGCCCAUCGAGUCAAAGCACCGCAGCCUGGUGCAGAUCAUCUACGACGAGAACCGGAAGAAGGCGGAAGCUGCACAUCGGAUUCUGGAAGGCCUGGGGCCCCAGGUGGAGCUGCCAUUGUACAACCAGCCGUCCGACACCAGGCAGUAUCAUGAGAACAUCAAAAUAAACCAGGCGAUGCGGAAAAAGCUAAUCCUGUACUUCAAGAGGAGGAACCACGCUCGGAAACAAUGGGAACAGAAGUUCUGCCAGCGCUAUGACCAGCUCAUGGAGGCCUGGGAGAAGAAGGUGGAGCGCAUCGAGAACAACCCGCGGCGCCGGGCCAAGGAGAGCAAGGUGCGCGAGUACUACGAGAAGCAGUUCCCCGAGAUCCGCAAGCAGCGGGAGCUGCAGGAGCGCAUGCAGAGCAGGGUGGGCCAGCGGGGCAGCGGGCUCUCCAUGUCAGCCGCCCGCAGCGAGCACGAGGUGUCCGAGAUCAUCGACGGCCUCUCGGAGCAGGAGAACCUGGAGAAGCAGAUGCGCCAGCUGGCCGUGAUCCCGCCGAUGCUGUACGACGCCGACCAGCAGCGCAUCAAGUUCAUCAACAUGAACGGGCUCAUGGACGACCCCAUGAAGGUGUACAAGGACCGCCAGGUCAUGAACCUGUGGAGCGAGCAGGAGAAGGACACCUUCCGCGAGAAGUUCAUGCAGCACCCCAAGAACUUUGGCCUGAUUGCAUCUUUCCUGGAGAGGAAGACGGUGGCCGAGUGCGUCCUCUAUUACUACCUGACCAAGAAGAAUGAGAACUACAAGAGCCUGGUGAGACGGAGCUACCGCCGCCGCGGCAAGAGCCAGCAGCAGCAGCAGCAGCAGCAACAACAGCAGCAGCAGCAGCAGCAGCAGCAGCAGCAGAUGCCCCGGAGCAGCCAGGAGGAGAAGGAUGAGAAGGAGGCGGAGAGGGAGGAGGAGCGGCCGGACAUGGACAAUGACAAGGAGGAGCUGACCAAGGAGAAGACGGACGACACCUCCGGGGAGGACAACGAUGAGAAGGAGACAGUGGCCUCCAAAGGCCGGAAAACCGCCAACAGCCAGGGGAGACGCAAAGGCCGCAUCACCCGCUCCAUGGCCAACGAGGCCAACAGCGAGGAGGCCGUCACCCCGCAGCAGAGCGCCGAGCUGGCCUCGAUGGAGAUGAACGAGAGCUCCCGCUGGACCGAAGAGGAGAUGGAGACAGCCAAGAAAGGAGAGGCUAGCCGGCAGCGUGAGCGUCCCUCACCAGGGAUCGGGGCCGUGCCUGCCGAGGCCCUGCUCGGUGACAUUUGUAAUAAUGCAGUGAGCGCCUAUGAGCCCGUCCGCCGUGAAUUACAGCAAUCUGGACAAUUACCGCUCAGGGUGGCUGCUAAUGGCUGCGUGUUCCAGGCGGUGGCGGGAGGCACAGGGGAGGCAGGUGCUGGCAGCCCCAGCGUCACCUUCUCCUCGGUGGACAGGCCAGCUCCUCGGCCACAUGGCCCUGGCCCAGCCCUGUCUCGGCCCCGUUUCCCGGGCAGCCGGGAUGCCGUCUCCGGGGUUGUGCAGGCUGAGCCGCCAGCAGACGCCAGAGCCGGCCGCCCAGCCUCCCGCCUCCCAGCCCGCUGCUCCCAGCUCCGUUCCCUGGAGCAUCCUCCAAGCCGUAUGUUUCCGGAAAACUUGGCGGAGGGGGAGACGCAGAUGAGAGGAUGUCUCCUGGAACAUGGCCGGAACUGGUCGGCCAUCGCCCGGAUGGUGGGCUCCAAGACCGUGUCACAGUGUAAGAACUUCUACUUCAACUACAAGAAAAGGCAGAACCUGGAUGAGAUCCUGCAACAGCACAAGCUGAAGAUGGAGAAGGAGAGGAAUGCACGGAGGAAGAAGAAGCAAGCCCCGGCCGCCGCCAGCGAGGAGGCCGCCUUCCCACCGGUGGUGGAGGAUGAGGAGAUGGAAGCGUCGGGCGCGAGUGGGAACGAGGAAGAGAUGGCGGAGGAGGCAGAAGCCUCACACGCCUCUGGGAACGAGGUGCCCGGAGGGGAAUGCAGUGGCCCAGCCGCUGUCAACAACAGCUCCGACACCGAGAGCAUCCCAUCGCCCCACACCGAGGCCGCCAAGGACGCAGGGCAGAAUGGGCCCAAGCCCCCACCCGCCCUGAGCACCGACAUGACGCCCGCCGAACCGCCCACCCCACCUCCAGAGGACGCCCCGGCCCCCGCCGAGCCCACUCCGGCCCCUGAAGCCACGGGCCCACCCACACCCCCACUGGCACCCCCAUCGCCUGCCGCGCCCCCUCCCGUGGUCCCCAAGGAGGAGAAGGAUGAAGAGGCCGUCUCAGUGCCCCCAGCGGUGGCGGAGGGUGGGGACCAGAAGCCCCCUGUGGCCCAGGAGCUGGCAGCAGACGCGGGCCCGAGAGAAGAGCCCGGCCAGGCGCCCCCCGCCCAGCCCAUCAAGGCCGAGUGCAAGGAGGAGGCCUUGGAGGAGGCGCCCGACAAGGUCAAGGGGGCUGCAGAGGCGGCUGCCGAACCCGCGCCCGAGGUGCCGCUCAAGGUGGAGAAGAAGGAGGGGGGCGGGGGCCCCGGCGGCAAAGCCACCCCAGCCAAGGGCUCGGGGGCCCCCCAGGACAGCGACUCCAGCGCCACCUGCAGUGCCGACGAGGUGGACGAGCCCGAGGGGGCCGCCGACAAGAGCCGGCUGCUGUCACCACGGCCCAGCCUUCUCACCCCGACGGGUGACACCAGAGCCAACGCCUCACCCCAGAAGCCGCUGGACCUGAAGCAGCUGAAGCAGCGGGCGGCUGCCAUCCCCCCCAUUCAGGUCACCAAAGUCCACGAGCCCCCCCGGGAGGACACGGCUCCCCCAAAGCCAGCUCCCCCAACCCCACAGCACCUGCAGCCAGAGAGCAGCACCGCCCAGCAGUCCAGCAACAGCCCUCGAGGCAAAAGCAGGAGCCCCGUGCCUCCUGCAGAGAAGGAGGAGAAGCCCGUGUUCUUUUCGACCUUCGCUGCCGAGGGCCAGAAGCUGUCCGCGGAGACCCCGUGCUGGACGUCGGGCCUGCCCUUCUCCAUGCCCCCUCGUGAGGUGAUCAAGGCCUCGCCGCACGCCCCUGACCCCUCGGCCUUCUCCUACACCCCGCCUGGUCACCCGCUGCCACUGGGCCUCCACGACAGUGCCCGGCCCGUCCUGCCCCGCCCUCCCACCAUCUCCAACCCUCCACCCCUCAUCUCCUCCACCAAGCACCCCAGCGUCCUCGAGAGGCAGAUGGGCGCCAUCUCCCAGGGACUGUCGGUACAGCUCCAUGUCCCGUACUCAGAGCAUGCCAAGGCCCCUGUGGGCCCCAUCACCAUGGGGCUGCCCCUCGCUAUGGACCCCAAGAAGCUGGCACCCUUCAGUGGAGUGAAGCAGGAGCAGCUGUCCCCACGGGGCCAGGCUGGGCCACCGGAGAGCCUGGGGGUGCCCACGGCCCAGGAGUCGUCCGUGCUGAGAGGGACGUCCCUGGGCUCGGUUCCGGGAGGGAGCAUCAGCAAAGGCGUCCCGAGCACGCGGGUACCUACCGAGAGCCCCAUCACCUACCGGGGCUCCAUCACCCACGGCACUCCGGCUGACGUCCUGUAUAAGGGCACUAUCACCCGGAUCAUCGGCGAGGACAGCCCGGGUCGCCUGGACCGUGGCCGGGAGGACGGCCUGCCCAAGGCCCACGUCAUCUACGAGGGCAAGAAGGGCCACGUGCUGUCCUACGAGGGUGGCAUGUCUGUGUCCCAGUGCUCCAAGGAGGAGGGCAGGAGCUCAGGCCCCUCCCACGAGACGGCUGCCCCCAAACGCACCUACGACAUGAUGGAGGGCCGGGUCAGCAGAGCCAUCGCCUCAGCCAGCAUUGAGGGCCUCAUGGGCCGCGCCAUUCCGCCCGAGCAGCACGGCCCCCACCAUCUCAAAGAGCAGCAUCACCUCCGCGGUUCCAUCACACAAGGGAUCCCUCGGUCCUACGUGGAGGCGCAGGAGGACUACCUGCGGCGGGAGGCCAAGCUGCUGAAGCGCGAGGGCACGCCGCCGCCCCCACCGCCCCCGCGGGACCUGGCCGAGGCCUACAAGGCCCGGCCCCUGGACGCCCUGGGCCCCCUGAAGCUGAAGCCGGCGCACGAGGGCCUGGUGGCCACGGUGAAGGAGGCUGGCCGCUCCAUCCACGAGAUCCCGCGGGAGGAGCUGCGGCGCUCACCCGAGCCGCCCCUGGCCCCGCGAGCCCUCAAGGAGGGCUCCAUCACGCAGGGCACCCCGCUCAAGUACGACACGGGCUCGUCCUCCACCGGCUCCAAAAAGCACGACGUGCGCUCCAUCAUCGGCAGCCCCGGCCGCACGUUCCCGCCCGUGCACCCGCUGGACGUGAUGGCAGACGCGCGGGCGCUGGACCGCGCCUGCUACGAGGACAGCCUGAAGAGCCGGCCGGGCGCGGUCGGCAGCUCGGGGGGCUCCAUCACCCGGGGCGCCCCGGCCAUCGUGCCUGACCUGGGAAAGCCGCGCCAGAGCCCCCUGACCUACGAGGACCACGGCACGCCCUUCACCGGCCACCUUCCACGCGGCUCGCCGGUGACCACGCGGGAGCCCACGCCGCGCCUGCAGGAGGGCAGCCUCUCGUCCAGCAAGGCGUCCCAGGAUCGGAAGCUGACGUCGACGCCCCGCGAGAUAGCCAAGUCCCCGCACAGCGCCGUGCCGGAGCACCACGCCCACCCCAUCUCGUCCUACGAGCACCUGCUCCGGGGCGUGAGCGGCGUGGACCUGUACCGCGGCCACAUCCCGCUGGCCUUCGACCCCACCUCCAUACCCCGCGGAAUCCCCCUGGAUGCAGCCGCCGCCUAUUACCUGCCCCGGCACCUGGCCCCCAGCCCCACCUACCCGCACCUGUACCCGCCUUACCUCAUCCGCGGCUACCCCGACACGGCGGCUCUGGAGAACCGCCAGACAAUCAUCAACGACUACAUCACCUCGCAGCAGAUGCACCACAAUGCGGCCACCGCCAUGGCCCAGCGCGCCGACAUGCUGCGGGGCCUGUCGCCCCGCGAGUCUUCGCUGGCGCUCAACUACGCUGCCGGCCCUCGAGGCAUCAUCGACCUGUCCCAAGUGCCACAUCUGCCCGUGCUCGUGCCCCCGACACCAGGCACGCCCGCCGCCGCCAUGGACCGCCUGGCCUACCUCCCCACCGCGCCCCAGCACUUCAGCGGCCGGCUCAGCAGCUCCCCGCUGUCCCCAGGAGGUCCCACCCACCUGACCAAGCCGACCGCCACGUCCUCGUCCGAGAGGGACCGCGAGCGGGAGAAGUCCAUCCUCACGUCCACCACGACGGUGGAGCACGCACCUAUCUGGAGACCCGGUAGGGUGCCGGAGACCCCGCCCCGGGGCCUCGUGACCUCCGUGGAGCCCGGCGCCCCCACGGUCCUGAGGUCCACGUCCACCUCCUCACCUGUCCGUCCGGCUGCCACCUUCCCUUCCGCCACCCACUGCCCGCUGGGCGGCACCCUCGAUGGCGUCUACCCCACCCUCAUGGAGCCUGUCCUGCUGUCCAAGGAAGCCCAGAGGGUCACCCGGCCAGAGAGGCCCCGAGGAGACACCGGCCACGCCUUCCUCGCCAAGCCCCAGGCCCGCACGGGGCUGGAGCCCGCCUCCUCCCCCGGCAAGGGCCCCGAGCCCCGGGCCCUGGUGCCCCCUGGCUCCGGCCACGCGGCCAUCACCCGCACCCCAGCAAAGAGCCUCACACCCCACCACGCCAGCCCGGACCUCCCGGCUCUGCCCGCCUCAGCCACGGACCUGCCGCGAGAAAAGACUCAAAGUAAACCCUUUUCCAUCCAGGAGCUGGAGCUCCGCUCUCUGGGUAAGACCAUCCUGACAGCGGACUCCUUCAUAGACGCGAUAAUCACGCGUCACAUUGCUCCCGAUAAAGGGCCGCGAGAAGGAGGUUCGCUGGCCACCGACUCCCCUCGCGAUGGUUACCAUGGCGGCAGCUACAGCCCCGAUGGGGUGGAGCCCGUCAGCCCUGUGGGCUCACCCAGCCUGACCCAUGACAAGGGGCUCCCCAAGCACCUUGAGGAGCUUGACAAGAGCCACCUGGAGGGGGACCUGCGGCACAAGCAGUCAGGCCCCGGGAAGCUCGGCGGUGAGGCCGUACACCUCGCACACCUGCGGCCGCUGCCCGAGAGCCAGCCGUCGGCCAGCCCGCUGCACCAGACCGCCCCGGGGGUCAAAGCCCACCAGCGGGUGGUCACCCUAGCACAGCACAUCAGCGUAACUACCCCUUCUCUGCCCCUUCCUCCCCACCUUUGCGCCUGGGGCGGGGGCAGGGGUGAAGGGAAGGUCACGCAGCUCCUUGGUCUGGAGGUCAUCACGCAGGACUACACCCGGCACCACCCACAGCAGCUCAGCACACCCCUCCCCGCCCCUCUCUACUCCUUCCCCGGAGCCAGCUGCCCCGUCCUGGACCUCCGCCGCCCACCCGGCGACCUCUACCUCCCACCCCCGGACCACGGGGCCCCAGCCCGUGGCUCCCCCCACAGCGAAGGGGGCAAGAGGUCUCCAGAGCCAAGCAAGACGUCAGCCCUGGGUGGCAGCGAGGACGGUAUCGAGCCCGUGUCCCCGCCAGAGGGCAUGGUGGAGCCCGGGCACCCCCGGGCCACCAUGUACCCACUGCUGUACCAGGACGGGGAGCAGGUGGAGCCCAGCAGGAUGGGCUCCAAGUCCCCAGGCAACACCAGCCAGCCGCCCGCCUUCUUCAGCAAGCUGACCGAGAGCAACUCCGCUAUGGUCAAGUCUAAGAAACAGGAGAUCAACAAGAAGCUGAACACCCACAACCGCAACGAGCCGGAAUACAACACUGGCCAGCCUGGGACAGAGAUCUUCAACAUGCCCGCCAUCACCGGAGCAGGCCUCAUGACCUGCAGAAACCAGGCCGUGCAGGAGCAUGCCAGCACCAACAUGGGGCUGGAGGCCAUUAUUAGAAAGGCGCUCAUGGGUGGCGGUGGGAAGGCCAAAGUUUCUGGCAGACCCAGCAGCAGGAAAGCCAAGUCCCCAGCCCCGGGCCUGGCGUCCGGGGACCGGCCGCCCUCCGUCUCCUCGGUGCACUCGGAGGGAGACUGCAACCGCCGGACGCCGCUGACCAGCCGCGUGUGGGAGGACCGGCCCUCGUCUGCAGGGUCCACGCCGUUCCCCUACAACCCUCUGAUCAUGCGGCUGCAGGCGGGCGUCAUGGCCUCGCCAGGACAAGCAGACCCCACUGUCACUGCUGUCUUUGACGCCAAGGCAGAAGAGAAGGAUCGAGCCUCACCCGCUUGGGUCUCGAAGCAGCUGCCGGUUGGCUCCCCGCAGAUUCGGGAAGAGGUGUCUCAGGAAGGAGUGUUCCCUCAGGAGUCCAGCCGAGGGAUGCUGGCCUAUCAGCCCACCCUGGGACAGAUGACCCCAGAUACGCCGAGAGGGGCCUCCUGGCCCAGCCGGCUCAUGAGCUGGCUGGCACGUCUAGCCAAGGUGACGGUGUUCAUUCAGCUUGGAACCAGCCUUCUGGGGCUUUAA